CUGUAUUUGUUGAAUUCACGUACAAACUAUUUUAUAGAAGAGACAAUUAUAAAUACAAGUUUUUAACAUUAUAUAAGUAAAAAUCACUAUCCGAGAACAGAUUCGUUUGCACCUUUGGAUGCGAAUAAAACUAUCAUUGUAACAUUCUCCAUCUCUUCCUCUAUCCAUCUCUUUGGCACGAGGCUUAAGAGUACUUGAAGGAAGGAAGAUGAGUUUGUGGUGGUAUACUAUUAUUGUUGGAUUCGUCUUCCUUUCAUCUAUAUUAAUUGUAAAGAACACGAGAUCGAACAAGAAGAACCUACCUCCCGGACCACCAAGACUUCCUAUAAUUGGCAACUUGCACCAACUCGGAUCAAAACCUCAUCGUUCGAUGUUCAAAUUAUCUCAAAAAUAUGGACCUCUAAUGUCUCUAAAGUUUGGAAGUGUGUCUACUGUUGUGGCAUCUUCACCAGAGACAGUGAAGGAAGUCUUGAAAACGUUUGACGUAGAAUGUUGUUCACGACCUUAUAUGACUUAUGCUGCAAGACUUACAUACAAUUUAAAAGAUCUUGGCUUUUCUCCAUAUAGUCAAUACUGGAGGGAAGUAAGAAAGAUGACGGUUCUUGAACUCUACACCGCGAAAAGGGUAAAAUCGUUUCAACAUAUAAGAGAAGAAGAAGUUGUAUCCCUAGUUGAUUCCAUCAAACAAUCUGCUUCAUUGGAGAAACCAGUUAACUUGAACAAGAAGUUUCUGAAACUAUCAGGAUGUGUUGUUUGUAAGAUUGGAUUUGGUUUCAAUCUAAAAGGAAGCGAAUUCGAGAAUACUUAUGAGGAAGUCGUUCAAGGAACCAUGGAGGUGGUUGCGAGUUUCGCAGCAGCUGAUUACUUUCCGGUUAUUGGUAGAAUCAUCGAUAGGGUCACGGGGUUACAUAGCAUAUGUGAGAAGACUUUUAAGGAAAUGGACACAUUUUUUGAGCAAUCUAUAAAGCGUCAAAUAGAAAAUGAGAGUAAUACGAAUGAUAUCAUUGACUUGCUCCUCAAGAUGGAAAGAGAAGAGAUUGGACUAGGGGAGUUACAACUUACUCGAGACCACACCAAAGGGAUUCUUCUGAACAUUCUCAACGCUGGUAUAGACACUUCAGCACAAACUACAACAUGGGUAAUGACACAUUUGAUUGCAAACCCAAGAGUUUUAAAGAAAGCACAAGCCGAGGUGAGAGAAGUGAUAAAAAACAAAGACGAUAUCGUAGAAGAAGAUAUAGAAAGACUCGAGUAUCUAAAAAUGGUGAUUAAAGAAACGUUUAGGCUAACACCACUUGUGCCACUACUAAUUCCAAGAGAGGCUUCAAAAGAUUUAAAGAUUGGAGGUUAUGACAUCCCAAAGAAAACAUGGAUCCAUGUCAACAUAUGGGCUAUUCAUAGGAAUCCAAACGUUUGGAAAGAUCCAGAAGCUUUCAUCCCGGAAAGGUUUAUUGAUUGCCAAGUUGACUAUAAAGGUUUAAACUUUGAGUUGUUGCCGUUUGGUAGCGGUAGGAGAAUGUGUCCUGGUAUAGGAAUGGGUAUGGCUUUGGUACAUUUGACUCUUAUCAAUCUUCUUUAUCGAUUCAAUUGGAAGCUUCCUGAUGGAAUGGUGGCAGAAGAUGUUGAUCUUGAAGAAUCAUAUGGACUUGUUUGUCCUAAGAAAGUUCCACUCGAGCUUAUCCCUGUCCUUACGCAAUGGACUUAACUUUAUAUUACAUAGUCAAAAUGUAAAUCUUUGAAGAGUAUCUUAUUGUACACAGAUAUUAUAAGGUUUGAA